AUGGCUGUCGAAUUGCGGCUGACAACGGCCAAGCCCGCAUCGUUCUACUUACGUGCGGCGAGGUCGUUUCUCGAAGGUGUGCCGGCCAAGGACGACAAGCCGGAGAAGCCGCCCGUGGACACAGUAACGCUCAUGGCGUUGGGAAAUGCAAUCAGUGUGGCCUCGUACAUCGGUGGCACUUUGGAGAAGGAAGGCCUUGCGACCAUCGCGGCCGUGCGGACAAAAUGGACGUCAGUUCCUGGACCUGUCAAGCACUCUCCCAAUGUCACUGUUGUGCUGAAGAGGAAAGCCGCAGAGAAGGCGCUGGCCGGCGAUCUCACCGUGACGACGGAGGCGACGGAGCCCAUCGAUGGCCAGAAGCCCGGCACCUCCGGCCUACGAAAGAAGACAAAGGUGUUCAUGGGCAAGAACUAUCUCGAGAACUUCGUCCAGAGCACCUUCAAUGCUCUGAAGUCCACAGGUGUGCCAAUUGAAGGUGGCACAAUCGUCGUCAGCGGAGAUGGUCGAUACUACAACAAGGAAGCUAUUCAGAUCAUCACAAAGAUGGCCGUUGCGAACGGGGUCAAGGCCGUUUGGAUCGGCAAGGAUGGCCUCAUGAGCACUCCGGCGGCGAGCGCUGUCAUCCGCUGCCGCGAGGGUGGCUUCGUUCCGUUCGGCGGCUUCAUUUUGUCCGCCUCCCACAACCCUGGUGGUAUCGACGAGGACUUCGGCAUCAAGUUCAACUGCGAAAACGGUGGGUCUGCACCAGAGAAGGUCACAGACAUGAUCCAUACCAUUACCAAGGAUAUCAAGGAAUACAAGAUAUGCAAGGGGUUUCCCACCAUCGACAUCUCCACCUCUGGGACCUAUGUGGUGGAUGGCAAGGUUCGCGUGGAUGUCUUUGACGGUACCGAAGAUCAUGUCGGCCUGCUGCAGAAGGUGUUUGAUUUCGAAGCGAUCAAGAAGCUCAUCGCCCGAAAGGAUUUCAGCAUGGUGUAUGACUCCAUGAACGGUGUUCAGGGCCCAUACGCCCGGAAGGUCUUUGUGGACGAAUUGGGUGCUGCAGAAUCUUCGCUCAUGAAUGCCAUCCCGAAGGAGGAUUUCGGCGGAAAGGACUCCCCUUCCCACGGCCACGCAGAUCCCAACUUGACCUACGCGGUGGAGCUUGUUAAGGCGAUGGGCAUCAACAAGACAGGCGAGAAGAUUGGCAGCGGUGAGGGAGUGCCUGACUUCGGCGCAGCGGCUGAUGGGGAUGCGGAUCGGAAUAUGAUCCUAGGAAAGCAGUGGUUUGUAAGCCCUUCGGACAGCGUCGCUAUCAUCGCGGCCAACAUCAGCUGCAUUCCGUUCUUCAAGGAGGGGCUGAAAGGCUGCGCUCGCUCUAUGCCGACCUCCGGUGCCCUCGACCUGGUAGCCAAGAAGAAAAAGAUUCCAUGCUUCGUCACUCCGACUGGCUGGAAGUUCUUCGGGAACCUGAUGGAUUCUGGUGAUGAGAAGUACUUCCCUGACACUGAGUGCUACACCCCAUUCAUUUGCGGUGAGGAAAGUUUUGGCACCGGUGGCAACCAUGUUCGAGAGAAGGAUGGCAUGUGGGCUGUGCUGGCCUGGCUUCAAAUUCUCGCAAGCAAAAACAAGGAUGAGUCCAAGCCGCUGGUGACAGUGGAGGCAGUCACCAUGGACCAUUGGAAGACAUACGGCCGAAAUUACUACUGCCGCUAUGACUACGAGGGGGUGGCCUCCGAGGGUGCAAACACCAUGAUGGCAAACUUGAAGGAGAAGUGCAACACCCUGAAAGGUCAAGAAAUCAAGGGCAUGACAGUGGAGUCGGCGGAAAGCUUUGAGUACAACGACCCGGUGGACAAAUCCGUGUCUUCGAACCAGGGCAUUAAGAUCAUAUUCACCGAUGGCUCCCGCAUCGUCUUCCGCCUUAGCGGGACUGGGUCUGCCGGUGCAACGAUCCGUCUGUACUUGGAGAAGUACGAGAAGCCUUCUGGAAACCUGGGCUUGUCGCAGUUCGAGGCCGAUUUUCUGGAAAGUGUGGCAAGUUAG